AUGGAUACAGCAAGAAUUCAGGUCAAAGCAGGCGAUGGCGGGAACGGAUGCAUCAGUUUCCGCCGAGAGAAAUAUGUCCCUUACGGCGGUCCCGAUGGCGGGGACGGCGGUAACGGCGGAAACGUUCUCUUUGUCGCUACCCUUGGGAUGAGUACGCUGAUCGAUUUGCGUCAUAACCCACGUCAGGUCGCUGAAAACGGUGGACACGGCAUCGGCAAGCGGCGAGACGGUGCCGAUGGCGCAGAUUGCGUUGUUAAAGUUCCUGCCGGCACCAUCAUCAGAAAUCUUGACACAGCCGAGGUGCUUGCAGAUCUGACAGAGCCUGAUGAAACCGUUGUUGUCGCACGUGGCGGAAUUGGAGGUAAGGGCAAUGCUUGUUUUAAAAGCAGCAUCUUUCAGGCACCACGCGUUGCAGAAAAAGGGGAACCAGGGGAAGAACGCGAAAUAAGCCUCGAAGUCAAACUCAUCGCUGAUAUCGGGUUGGUCGGCUAUCCGAACGCCGGUAAAUCGACACUGCUGGCGCGAACCUCUGCCGCGACUCCGAAAAUCGCCGCCUAUCCGUUCACCACACUCCGUCCGAAUUUAGGGGUUGUCCGCAUCAAUCGGGAGCAGAAUUUCGUCAUCGCCGACAUCCCUGGGUUGAUAGAAGGCGCACACAAAGGUGCAGGCUUGGGACAUCGAUUCCUGCGGCACAUUGAGCGCACCAAGAUGCUGAUUCAUGUCAUCGAUCUGAGCGCGACCGAUGGACGGGAUCCGAUUCAGGACUACGAACAACUCAACCUUGAACUGGGGCAUUACAACGAACUGUUGACAAAACUCCCGCAAAUCAUUGCUCUGAAUAAGAUAGAUAUGCCAGACGCUGAGGCGAAUUUGGAACGUGUCCAAAAAUAUUUCGGUAACCGGAAAGUCUUCCCUAUCUCUGCGGUUACAGGUGAGGGUGUGAACCCGCUUAUGCAUCAAGCGUACCGUUCCUUGCAGUACCUUGAAACGCGUGCCCGAAAGGAAGCGGAGACGGCGAUUGUCUUUGAGCAGGAACUUCCAUCGGAGCCGCGCGCACGGUUUGAACUUGCUGAGACACAGGACGGGUUUGUUGUCAGCGGUGAAGAACCUCGCCGCGCUGUCCUCAUGACCCACAUGGAAAACGAGCAAGCACUGAUUCUACUGUACCGGAAGUUGAAAAAGAUGGGAGUGAUUAACGCACUGGAACGCGCAGGUGCAGUGGAAGGAGACACCAUCCAGAUUGAUGAAUUUGAGUUCACCUAUAGCCCACGAUCAAUACAAUCCCGCUGA